AAAUUUUGAUUUGAGUUUAUUGUUUGUUUGCUUGUUUUACCCUUUUGUAUGUGUAAAGUUAUUAGUAUUGUUUAAUUAUUAUUUGUAAUUGGGAAUGCGCAUAUAUGUAAAUCUUUCUUACAUACAGUUGGAAAAUUGAAAUUUUACGCGUUUCGAUAGUAUAGCGUAAAAUGUUUGUCUUUGCGUAUCGCUUUCUAUACAGUGAUUUGUCAUGUUUUUCUCGUGCUUAAGUCGCAAUGAACGGUUAAUGUAUAAUGUGUACUGGUCAUUCUACCAGACGUUUUCGAGCAGUUAACAUAUCCAAUUUCAUAUUGUAUCCGACCACGUGUUAACCGGGCAGCCAUGUCGGUUGAAAUGCACUUCUUUCGCGAAUGGAAGAGCUUAUCAAUGCUAAGUUUCAGACAUUUGAGGAACGCAUAAAUUCUACUCAGCGUGAGUUGUCGCAAGCACAAAUUUCGGCUAUCCAGGAGAAUUUGGUUUCCGACGGUUAUACGUUUAAGAAAAAGGGACAUGAGCAGCAGUUUAAAGUAAAUGCUAAAGUGCUUGAUAAAAUGCAACAAGCAGACGGCUACAUCCAAGAGGCUGUCAAGGAUUCUUCGAACGACGCUGCAGAAAGUGCACGACAAAAACUAGUCGAAGGUAUGAACAUUUUGAAUUAUCGACAAAAAUGCAUUAAACUUGCUGAUUCUUCUGAACACGGGUGGAAGGUGGUACAAGAGUAUGAAUCUCACCCGUUAGCAGACGACGACGAAGAUGAGAAGAAAAUCGCACGUGCGCAAAUACAGGCGGACAGAAAAGUUAGACAGGAGCGUCGUCUUCGAGCGGCACGUUUUGGUUCUUCUCCGUAUGGUAUGAACCAGUCUUCUUAUUCUACCGUUUCCGGGGCACCAGGAGGACAUUCAGCGCAGCAGCAGGACAGACCAACAUGGACGACCUCGAGGAAACCCGGUUCCUGCUUCAAGUGUGGAAGACCUGGUCACUGGCGUGCUGAUUGUAGAGCACGUGCUAUGGUUGAGGGUACUCAAACUGAGAAAUCUGAUCAGAUAAGUAAAAUUUUAUUUUGCGGAAUUAAUGAAAAUACAAAAAAUAGAAAAAAGCUUGAGAAAUUGAAUAAACCCUAUUUGUUUAGGUAUGAAAAUUAUAGUAACGGUCUAGAAAUGUCACCGGAAGUAGUCACUCCGGUAGGUAGGUUAAGGGGAAACUUAAAGCAUUGGAAGGAGGCAUGUUCUAAUGAAUAUAUUAUUGAUGUUAUAGACAAAGGCUAUAAACUUCCUUUUAUGAAUUUUCCUGCUACUACUGAAAUUAAGAAUAACAGUUCUGCUUUAGAGAAUUCUACCUUUGUCACUGCAGAAAUCCAAAAUUUGGUGGCUAAAGGGUGUGUUUCUGAAGUACAGUCGGUUCCGUUAGUUGUUAACCCGUUGACUGUAGCUUUUAAUCGUUCAGGUAAAGCCAGACUGGUACUUGAUUGCAGACAUGUAAAUCCGGUUUUAUUUAAAUCACAAAGUCGGUACGAAGACCAGUCUGUUGCUAGGCAACUUUUUCAUAAAGAUGAUUAUGUGUUUUCGUUUGACAUUAAAAGUGCAUACCACCAUAUAAUGAUCGAUCGGUCACAUAGGACAUAUUUAGGUUUUCAUUGGACACAAAAUGGUCACAAAAAGUAUUAUGUGUUCAACGUUUUGCCUUUUGGGAUAUCCACAGCAGGAUAUAUUUUUACAAAGGUUUUGAGGGUACUUGUAGAAAAAUGGCGUAGCUUGGGUUUAAGAGUCGUAUUAUUUUUAGAUGACGGCCUUGGUGGCAAUCACACUUUCGCUGAAGCUUUGAGAGAUAGUUCUUUCAUUAGACAAGACUUGAUAGAUUUUGGGUUCUUGAUAGCGGAUGAAAAAUGCAACUGGCAACCUUGUUUAUUUUUAACAUGGCUAGGUUACUUCUGGGACAUGGAACAGGGAAUUUUGAGAGUAACGGAGGAUAGAUUAGAAAGAGCUUUUCAGCUUAUAGAACAACUUGUUUUGAAAGCUUGAGAUUGAAGCAGACGAUAAACGAUGAGCUCACAAGGACCGGGAUUGAUGACCCUCUUUUGAAGAAUCUUGCAUCUCAAAUGGCUGAUAAACUGUUAGACUCUAGAAGUGACACUACUGUAAAUAAAUAUUUCUCUUAUUUCAUGAAAUGGAAAACAUUCAUUACGUCUAAAGGAGGUAGUGCUUUACCUGCUUCACCAGUUUGUAUAGCUUUGUAUCUAACUGACUUGAUGAACAAUGGUUGUUCUAAUCACGUGAUUUCCUCUACUGUUUAUGGAAUCAAAUGGGCACAUUCUUUAAACAAUCUUCAGGAUCCCACAGAGAACCAUUUUGUAAAAAACUUAGUUGAAAGUGCUAAACGUACUUUAUCUAGACAUGUGAAUAAGAAGCAACCAGUGACUACAGAUCUUUUAAUUGAAUUGUGUAGUAAAUACGAAAGUACAACUGAUGUAUUAAUAUUAAGAGAUUUGUGCAUGAUUUUAUUAGGAUUUUCAGCGUUUCUCCGUUUUGAUGAAAUACGAAAUUUGCAUUGUAAUGACAUUACGUUCCAUGACGAUUAUUUUUCUUUACAUAUCCGUAAAAGCAAAACCGACCAAUACAGGCACGGAAGUGACGUGGUUGUUGCUAAGGGCGACACAAUCGCUUGUCCUUAUUCUAUGCUAAGACGAUAUUUCGUAGAGGCUAACAUUUUUUCUGCAAAUUCUCAUUUUUUGUUCAAGCCGUGUUUCAGAACGCGAGGUAUUUCUAAGCUCAUUUAUAAAGAUAAACCGCUCAGUUACACUCGAGCUCGGGAAACGCUUUUACAUAGAUUACGUGAAAUCGCCGGCAAUGUUGAUUUCGGGUUACAUUCUUUAAGAAGCGGUGGUGCUACGGUUGCUGCAAAUGCUUCUGUCAGUGAUCGUUGUUGGAAACGUCACGGUCGUUGGAAAUGCGAUAAGAGCAAAGACGGCUAUGUUGCCGAUUCACUAGACAGAAGGUUAGCUGUCACGAAACAGCUAGGUCUAUAAUAAGUGCUGAUUGCGGCUUCCAGCCCGUUCUUUUGAUAGUUUUCUACGUACCCCGUCUGGUCAUGCUAGUAUAGUGUUUGUUGUUAUUUUAGUUAAGGAAAGACUUGAAAUUUUACGCGUUUCGAUAGUAUAGCGUAAAAUGUUUGUCUUUGCGUAUCGCUUUCUAUACAGUGAUUUGUCAUGUUUUUCUCGUGCUUAAGUCGCAAUGAACGGUUAAUGUAUAAUGUGUACUGGUCAUUCUACCAGACGUUUUCGAGCAGUUAACAUAUCCAAUUUCAUAUUGAAUAAGGUUUUGUUUUUUACAAAUUCACUGAUGUAUUGAGAAUAUUUUUGAUGUUUAUAAUAGUAUACGUCAAACGCUAGAUAAAUGAGGUCCAGCAUUUAGCGAUCUUACAGUUGGCAAACGGACACAGGUUCUCAGUGUUUUUUCAUUUAAAAAAUAAAAAUAAAUGUUUUUUAUCUCUGAGUUUUCCUGGCCGAGUUAGAUCGCGUAAGCGUGCCUGACUAAAUUUGUUGGUAUUAAAGCAUUUCAUGGUUGUAUUUUUUUUUAAGCAAUUCUUUCGAAGGCAAAGGCGUAUACUAUUAUCAUGUAAUGAAUAUUUUGCAAGACCAGAACAACUGAUAUAAUAAUAACGUGCUUAGAUUACGUGUUCUUUCCAUUGUUAUCAAUUGUGUGUUAAAAUAUUGCUUUGUCUUAAGCCCGGUUACUUGAUUUGCUCAUCAAAUAAACGUACCCCGUCUGGUCAUGCUA